AUGUAUCCUGAUAAAUCUGCUACUAAACUAACAAAUCUUUACUCAGAAGGAUUAAAAGGUCAUUUAGAUUUAAGUAAUUAUGCAGAUUUGGAAGAGUUAAGAUGUGAUAAUAAUCAAUUAACUAGUAUAGAUGUGAGUAAGAAUACUAAACUUAAAAAGUUAAAGUGUUCUAACAAUAAAUUAAAAGAAAUUAAUUUUGGAAAUAACAUUAAUUUAGAAGAGUUAAGAUGUAAUGAUAAUGAAUUAAUUAGUGUUGAAUUUUUCUCUAAACUCUCUUCUUCAAAGAAAUUAACUUUUUUAGACAUCGUCAAUAAUAAUUUCUCAAAACGGACAGAGAUUGUAGAAUCAAGAAAACAAGAAAAUAAUUCAGAAAGUCAAGAUCUAUCUUUUUUAAAGUCCUUUACCAACUUAGAAGGAUUGUAUCUAGGAAAUAAUGAUAAAAAAAGAAUUAAAGCAGGAAAUUACAACAAAUUUUAUGGCUCUCUCGAAUGCUUAAAUAAUUUGGAUGAAUUAAAAAUAUUGGACAUUAGAAACACCGAUAUUGACAGCGGUCUAAGCUACCUAUUAGAAAACAAUAGUCUAAAAGAAAUCUACUGUUCUAGCAAGGAAAGACCAGAAAGUAAAGUUAAUGAAAUAGAAAAAGAACUAAAAAGCAAGUCGAGUGAUUUCUCUUAUUCUGAAAGCGAAGGUCUAAAACUAAAAGAAUUCCGCGGUUCUGAUAAUGAGUUUGCUAAUUUGAAAGAUAUUAUUGAUCCUAUAGAUCUUAAAAGCCUGACUUACUUCAAUAUUACUAAUAAUAAAAUUUCUGAUUCUAAUAUAAAUGUUUUCGAUAAAUUUACUGAUCUAAAGAGUUUAUAUAUUGGCAACACAGAAGAGGGAGGGGGGACAAAUAGGUUUAAAGGUUCUUUGGAGGAUCUAAAAGGCCUAGAAAAGUUAAGUAACAUUAAUAUUAGUAAAAAUGAAAUCAAGAUUGGGAAAUUUUUGAGCAAACAAGGUGCCGAUCGUAAAGAGGAUAAAGAUAGUAUAAAUAGUAUGCUAGGGUCAUUUAAUAAUUUAGAAAGGAUUUAUUAUAAAACUGAUAAAAAUGAGAAAUUAAAAAGAGAAUUACAAAGCUGCUAUAAAGAAGAAGAUGGCUUUUUUGACGUAAGGUUGUUUUUAAAGAAGGGAUUGUUGCAAGGUACUUCACAAAAUACCAAAGUAGAAGCGAUAGUAAAAGUUCCUCUUUUGUCUGGGGGGAAAAGUAAACACAGUGUGAAUAAGAUUAAUGAAAAUUAUAAUGUUGAAGGUGUAAAUUAUAAAAUUAAAGCGGUGUGGCCACUACAGGCCGGGUUUAGUUGGAAAGUUGAUGAGGAAUUGGAAUUAAAUAAGCUUCCACUCAGACUUUGCCAUGUUGAUGAAAAAAAUAGUAGCAAAAUCGAGAUAAAAACAAGAAUUGAUUGUGCGAAAGAUGCAAAGAAAUAUGCUAUUUUGUCUUAUUUUUGGGGUGAAGACACCAAAGAAAAGGGUCACGAGGUUUCUCGAAUGCGAGACUACUAUGGUAAUGCUGCUGUGACUUUGGUGGCGAUACAAGCGGAUAUUGGUGAAGAGGUUAUUAGAGAAUUGACGAAAUCCUUUGAACCAGGGGCAACAUCAAAGACUGGUGAAGAUAACCGUCAUCGCAUAGAUUUAAUCAGAAUAGAAGAAGGUCACGAAAACUUAAUUAUAAAAGAUAAAGAUGAUGAAGUUGAAAAACUAGAAGUUGCAGAAAAACAAUUCAUAAUUGGUCUAGGCAAUCAAGAAAAUGAUGAAUACCAAGCUCAAAUCGAAAUCCCUCCCAAAAAAUAA